AUGGCCGGGGUCAGUGCUUCGGCUGCGGGGAUGAUAUCGCAGCUAGAUGCGGCGCGUAAACUCGCGCUCGCCGAUCCUCAAGUAUACAAUCAAGUUCUUCCUGGAAUCUUACCCAUCAUCGGCCCAACCGCCCAUGUCGACGUCCGAAGAUGGGGCGCAGAUUUCCUCGCCGAAGCGUUUGCAAGCCCAUCUCUCUCGAAUUCGCAAAAGGAACAACUGUCGCCGGAGGUAACACCCACCCUUCGAGCCAUGCUGGAGGGGCCAGGUGAAGACCCUGAGGUGGUAAAGAGUGUGGUUCAAGCGGCAGCUAGUUUAUACCCCUUCGUGUUCCGAAGAAUAAUCUCGCAUCCGAAUGAGGCCGCGCUGUGGCAGGACAUGACUAGCAUCAAGCUGAACAUUUUGCAGCGGAUGGACUCUUUCCCUGUCGCAAUCAGAAUAUGUUGCAUCAAAUUUGCCCAGAAAGUCGUCCAAGUAGAAACACCCGGCCUGAUCGCAGACCCUCGGCGUCCGGAACAAAAUGAAACCUCUAUCGCCCUUGUUCCACGGAACCAUCCUUUGUUGCAGUUGCCCAACCUCGAGGCUGAAGCAUCUGGUCUGUUGGACAGACUCUUGAGCGUGUUUCAAGAGAGUUCAAUCGAUCCUAUUCUAGUCGAUGCCACAAUCAACUGCCUGGCUGUCCUCAUUCGAAGUCGACCUGCGAUAUCCACCAAGAUCGUCUCGGCCGUCCUGAACUUCAACCCAUUCAAACAAGCCAAUUCCCCAAUGACCCCGAGACUCAAGGUGAUUGUAAGGUCAAUGGAGAGGACUACUAGAGCUUUGUUACGAUGGGUUCUUCGGUCUGUACCGAACCCCCCGCUCGACCAGAAGAUCCAGGCAUACCUCAUGAGAUUACAGCAAUCGCGGGCGGCAAUACUCUCUGACACGACUGCUCAGAAGCGCCCUGCAGAACCUACUGAUGGGCUGGAUGAUGCAAAAAGGCAAAGGCUUUCAGGACCACGCAAGUUUCCUGCUAUGCCACCGCCUCCGAAUUCUAUCGCACAGCUCUUCACGCUCACGGAAGAUCCCGCUGUACAGCAAUUUGACGUCAGUCUUCUUCCAGGCGACCUUGUCAGCACCGUCACAGCUGUCUUCUUGCAGCACCUUGACUCUGGUGUCUUGGACGAAGCCGUCAAUGCCAUCCGAGCGAGGUACAGCCAUCUACAAAAGGUCAGUCGGCCGACACCGGUGCCUGAUGUGCCUAUGGCUGGGCCAACAGGAAUUGACGACGACGAUGACUACGAUCCCGAGUUUCUCACUAGUGGAGAGCCUAUUGUCCAGGCCACUACGGAAAAGGCGCUUGAAGAACUUGCCCAACCGGCUAUCGAGUUGGGCCCAUUUGAACUGCCUAAACCUCCCCCGCUGACGGGCUCGGAAGUUGCUGUGUUGUCCGACCAGACAGUUGGCCAUGUUUUCCAAUUGGUUGGGUCUCUUGAGGCCGCCGGGCAAACACACGCAAAGCAGAAACUGGGUCUAAACCGUCUUGCUGCAAGUACCAACGAUCGCGACUCUUGGGUGACCAUUCUCAUGCGUUUGGCGACUCGAGCACCAGCGAGACUGGACGAUGUCGCAACCGCAUUGACUGGAGAUGCGGAUCCCAAUCAACCGGUCAAGUCGGAAGACAGCGAGGAACGUAAUGUUGCCAACCGGAUAAGGCAGACCCUCUUCAUGUAUAUUCUGGACGAUUUCCGACCGCGCCUGAAUAUCGCUAUUUCCUGGCUUACCGAGGAGUGGUAUGCGGAUAAGCUGAUGGCGAAGACACAUCCAGAGUUGGACCAUCUACCCAACUACUCACGAUGGGUGCACCGACUGAUUGAUCGUCUACUGCCCUAUCUCGACGCCAGGGACAAGAACCUCCUAAUUCGGUUCUUGUCGGAAAUUCCAUCUAUAAAUCGCGACAUCCUGGACAGAGUCAAGACUUUGGCGAAAGAUCCGGAGAGAAUUAGCAUGUGUAUCCUGUCAAUGCAGUAUCUGUUGAUGAUGCGUCCGCCGGUGCGGGAUACAGUGUUGGAUGCGAUCGAAUCCAUCUGGCACGAUGGGGAUGCGCAGGCAAAGAACGCAACGGCCAAGGUGCUCGCCAAGUGGAGGCCGGGCUUCUUGGAACAAGCCGGGCAGCCCAAAAGGGAGGCGGACGUGAAGGAAGAGACAACAAUAAACGGACUGAAAAGUCCCUCCGCGUCGAGAGCAGACACAGGCGAUCCUCGGAAGCGGAAGGCGAAGGUGGCGGUGGUUGCAGGCGAUGGUUGA